CCUAAACUGGGUCCCGCCUCCGUUUCUCCAGCUCAGAGGCCGGGCGGGGUGGGCCGAGUGAGUGCGCAGGCGCCGUCCCAGCUGGGCAGGGCCGACCGCCGGCCACGUGCAACCUCCCCGCCCGCCGACCACUCAAACAUGGGUUCCUGCGGGCUGGUGGAGUCCGUGCGUGCGCGCUACCUAGUGUUCUUCCAGUACUUGGGCACUGACUUCAAUGGGGUCGCAGCCGUGAGGGGUAAUCCUCGCGCUGUUGGGGUGCAGAACUUCCUGGAGGAGGCUGCCGAACGGCUGAAUUCGGUCGAACUGGUCAGGUUUACGAUCUCCAGCCGCACUGAUGCCGGAGUGCAUGCCCUGAGCAACGCGGCGCACUUGGACAUACAGCGCGGCCCAGGCCUGCCGCCCUUCUCCCCGGAGGUCGUGACCCGUGUCCUCAACAAACACCUGAAGCACCCUGCCAUUCGUGUACUGAAGGCCUUCAGAGUGCCCAACGACUUCCAUGCCCGCUAUGCAGCCACCUCCAGAAUCUACUUGUACCGCCUGGCCACUGGCUGCCCCCGACCUAAUCAGCUCAAUGUCUUUGAACAAAAUCUAUGCUGGGCUCUGCGGACAGAGUGUCUAGAUGUGGCUGCCAUGCAGGAAGCUGCCCAGCACCUCCUCGGGACACACAAUUUUAGUGCCUUCCAGUCUGCUGGCAGCCCAGCCACAAAUGCUGUGCGCACAUUGCAAAGAGUCUGUGUGUCUCCAGGUCCAGCCAGCCCGUUUGCCCUCCCGGAGGAGAGCAGGAGGCUGCAGUUCUGGACCUUGGAGUUUGAAAGCCAGUCUUUCCUUUAUCGACAGGUGCGGAGGAUGACAGCUGUGCUGGUGGCUGUGGGACUAGGGACUCUGACACCCACACAGGUGAAAGUGAUUCUGGAGAGUCAAGAUCCCUUGGGCAAGUAUCAGGCUCAAGUUGCCCCAGCCCGUGGCCUGUUCUUGAAGUCAGUGCUAUAUGACAACUUCGGUCCUGAACCCUAUGGGGUCCACAGUGCGGAAAUCAGCUGACUGUACACUCGGUGGAGGUGAAGAGUCACACAGCACACUAAGUCUGGCUGUCAGCCUUAUCCAACAUGUACUGCACCCAGCAAAGAUUAGUCCACAACUAUGUGGGGCUCUGGCAGUCUUGCCUACCUUCCAGCAGCUCCCACCUUCUCAGUCUGGACAUCCUUUUAUCACUAAAGGGACCGGCAUAGGGUACCUGUCGGUUAACAGUUGUAAGCACCAAAGGAGCUUCUGGUUCUGCUUUUCUGGGAGCCCCGUCUUCUUGGGGAAAGAAUAUGAAUAAAAGGCAUAGAGAACAAAAGAA